AUGAAUCAAAAGAAUUUAGAGAUAUGUAAAUCAUUAAUCAAUCCAAGUUAUAUUGAACAAUCUUCACAAGCAAUCAAUCAAUACAAUCAUUUGAUUAAUGUCUUGUUGACACAGAGAAGAUUACCUGAUAAAGGGUGGGAUGAUCAAUUUAUAAGAUGGUUUUUAAAUGAUAUUGCAAAGAUGGAUUCAAACAAUUAUGUAGAGAAUGCUGGUGUUGGAGAACGUGAAGGUAGAAUACAUAGUCGAAUAGUACAAGAGAGACAUUUUGGAUUGGCACAUGGUAUUGGUAGAAGUGGUGAUAUUAGCGAGCAACAACCAAAGGCGGCAGGGUCAUCUUUGGUACAAAGAUUGUGUAGUUAUUUAGUGAUGGAUUCAAUGUCUGUAGCGGGUCUCAACUCGAUUGGAGAAUGUUUGGUUUUGCCAAUGGCCACAGGUAUGACGAUUGCAUUGACGUUGAUGACAUUUACCAAGCAUUGUAGACCACCUACUGCCAAGUAUGUCAUAUGGCCGAGAAUAGAUCAAAAGUCUUGUCUCAAGGCAAUUGCAACCGCUGGCUUGGUGCCAGUGGUUAUUGAGAAUGUGUUGCAAGGUGAUGUCAUCACAACAGACCUCGAAGCAAUUGAGAACAAGAUUAUUGAACUCGGUCCAGAAAAUGUUGUAUGUGUCUACAGUACAACAUCAUGCUUUGCACCAAGAGUACCAGAUAGAAUCAUUGAAAUCUCUGAACUCUGCUAUAAAUACAAUGUUGGUCAUAUCAUCAACAACGCAUACGGACUUCAAUGCAGUAAAAUAGUUCAUGCAAUCAAUGAAUCAUGUCAAUCUGAUAAACAAAGACGUGUAGAUGCAAUCAUUCAAAGUACAGAUAAAAAUUAUAUGGUACCAGUUGGUGGAGCCAUCAUUACAAGUCCUAAAAAAGAAAAACAACAACAUAAACAAAAAGAAAAAGGUGAAGAGGAACAGCAGGUUAAUUUAAUAGAUUUAAUAUCAAAAAAUUAUCCUGGUAGAGCAAAUGGAUCACCUAUAUUGGAUUUAUUUAUCACUUUAUUGUCAAUGGGUAGACAAGGUUAUAAAGAGCUGUUGGAUGAAAGAAAACAACUUUUAACAUAUUUUAGAGAUCAACUUGCUUCUCUAUCUCUACAAUUCCCCAAUUGUAGAUUACUAGAUACUCCUGAUAAUCGUAUAUCAUUGGGUUUGGCAUUGGCAGUAGCUUCAGGUGAUCAACAAAAACUAUCAAUAUCAAUGAUUGGAUCAAAGUUAUUUUCAAGAUCAUGUUCUGGAGCUCGUGUCAUUGAAUUACCAGGUUCAAAGAAAUCAGUGGCUGGUUUAGACUUUGAAUCAUAUGGAUCACACAUUAACAAUUAUCAUUCCUCCUAUCUUACAGUUGCAUGUGCUAUUGGUAUCACAAAAGAUGAUAUUGAUACAUUUAUGAAAAGAUUAAAGAAAAUUCUAUAA